UAUUCAGAUUUUCUCACCUAAAGGACAGUUUUAAGGGACUGUGAGUGACAAAUGCAUCUCAACCACAUGUGUUAAGCAGAAACUAUAACAACUUAAAACUGUGCAUUUAUUUUCAGCCAUUAGAUUCAUUUGUCCCUCACAGUCCCUUAGGUGAGCAUGCAUUUAUGUUUAUUUCCAUUUUAUAGUGUUUAGUUUGUGUAAGGAAAGAAAACUAAAUCAUAUUAAUAUUCCAUUUAUAUCCUCAUAUAUUAAAAUAUAUAAUUACACAAAUUUCUUAUUUUUUAAAUAAAAUUGUCAAUAAUAAUAUUCAACAAAGACAUAAAUGUAUUUAUAUUAUGUAAUUAAUGCAAGGAAAAUAGAAGAGAAAAUGAAUCAUUUGGAGGAUAGGAGAUUCAUUUCCCCCCAUAUUUUUCCUUCUUAAAGGAAAAUUGUUUCUUUCUUUGUGGACACCAAACAUAGGAAAGAAAUAAGUUUCAUUUUCCAAUCCCUCAAUUCCGCAAACCAAACCGUAACCAGCAGAAAUGACGAUAUUUAUAUGUGGAAAUACCGCACUGCCCCCUAGAUUAUACCUUUUAGUGUCACUAUGCCAAGGGUAGUUGGGUAUAUUCCCAAUAUCAUUUUUGUGACAAUGUUCAAGAAAAAAUAACCUUUUUUGUUGGUUGCUCCUGGGGCAGCUGCGGAUCUGUAAAGCCCAACGUUACAGACAUCCAAUAACUGUUGAAAGGAGCCCAAAAUAACGUUGGGCUUUGGCUCCAUAUAUAUACGUAAUUUGACUCAUUUGGGUAGUGUUAGUUUGAGUAGUUGAGUCCUCCAGCAAAGAAGAAACAGCGGAGGAGAGUGAGUGGCACCAAUGUCAGUCCCAAUGAACGACACUCUGAUUCUCCGAAGAGAAGAAGAAGAAGACGACGAGGAACGACGUCGUCAAAGGAAGCUCGAAGAAGCCCUAGAAAUCAAAUCUCUUAGGCGCAUCAUCAGCGCCUACCUCAACUAUCCGGAGGCUGCAGAAGAGGACGUGAGAAGAUAUGAAAGAUCUUUUAAAAUGCUUCCACCAGCCCAUAAGGCUCUACUGUCUCACUACCCUUCUAAGUUUGAAAGACUAAGACGGUGUAUUUCUGCCAAUUCAUAUUUCAUUUUUGAUAUGCUUCAGGAAUUUGAACCCCCACUUGAUUUGAGCCAGGAUGUAGAUGUUUGUGAUGGCCUACAUGAAAACAUCCCAUCUGAUCAUGAUGAUUCUAGAGUAACAAAUUGCUCUUCUCAAUCAACCUCUGCAAGUCAAAGUAUGUGUGUCUCCGAAUCUGAUCAUUCCUGUCUGGGUCUGGUGGAAGGGAGCAACAGAGUCUGCAAUUCACCAGUAGGGGUGAGUACCAAUAAGGAGGAGAAGCAUGGAGGUCAUGGUGAGUCCAUCAAUGGGAGUCACACUUUAAGCUUGGAAUAUACCAAACAGAUACAUAAUUGUCAUGCGAACAAUGCCAUUGAUUCCAAUGGAAAUGUGUCCUCAUCAAUGCGCACGUGGUUGGAUCCAUCAAUUCAAUUACAUGUUCCAUUAGUUGAUGUUGAUAAGGUUCGAUGUAUUAUACGGAACAUAGUUAGAGACUGGGCAGCAGAGGGUCAGAAAGAACGUGAUCAAUGCUACAGGCCUAUACUUGAAGAACUUGAUUCACUAUUUGUUGAUCGCUGUAAGGAAAGCCCUCCUGCCUGUUUAGUUCCUGGUGCUGGACUUGGGCGGCUUGCAUUGGAGAUCUCAUGUCGAGGUUUCAUUAGCCAGGGAAAUGAAUUUUCAUACUACAUGAUGAUAUGCUCAAGUUUUAUUCUCAAUGUUUGUCAAACUGCUGGGGAGUGGACAAUAUAUCCGUGGAUCCACAGCAAUUGUAAUUCACUUUCAGAUGAUGACCAACUUCGUCCCGUUUCAAUACCAGAUAUUCAUCCCGCUAGUGCAGGGAUUACUGAAGGCUUUUCUAUGUGUGGCGGUGACUUUGUUGAGGUUUAUAACGAUCCAAGCCAAGUAGGUGCUUGGGAUGCAGUUGUGACCUGUUUCUUUAUUGAUACAGCACACAACAUUGUUGAAUACAUUGAAAUCAUAUCAAGAAUCUUGAAAGAAGGAGGCGUUUGGAUAAAUAUGGGUCCCCUACUAUAUCACUUUGCAGAUGUAUAUGGACAAGGAGAUGAUAUGUCUAUUGAACUGAGUUUGGAGGAUGUGAAGAGGGUUGCUUUGCAUUAUGGAUUUCACAUAGAGAAGGAAAAGACCAUUGAGACAACGUACACUACAAAUCCCAGAUCAAUGAUGCAAAAUCGAUACUAUGCUGCUUUUUGGACAAUGAGAAAGAGAUCAGCAAGAAUAGAGCACAGCACUCCUUAACUGAUUGGCUUCUUCUUCUUCUUUUUUUCACAUACUUCAAACUAGUUAUUUGUGGAUGGAUUAUUUUGACAAUGUGAAGCAUUGAAAUAUAGUUCAAGGUGAUUUAUCUAGGGAUGGCAAAAUUCUUCAUCGGGGCAGGUUUCCAUUGGAUCCUUGACCCUAAUGGGGGAGGAAUUUGGGGCAACUGGGGAAUGGGGAUGGGGACCCCUAAUCUUCAUUCUUUAAAUCAGGGAUUGGCUGGGGAUGGUAUUGUGAUCACCAUCUUCAAACCCACCCCAAUAAUAGUUUCUCGACUUUCUUUUUAAUUUAAAAGUUUUAAAAGUAUAUAUUUUUGUGCCUACAUUCUUUUUCUUUUUGUGAUUUAACUUUAUAUUAAAAUAUAUAUUUUGUAAGAUUGAGAUUUGUUUCAGUAUAUAAUUAAAUAUUAAGAAUUUAUAUUA